GAUAAUUGCACCGCACAUUGCAGUAAAGAUAAGUUUCAAGUGGAUGACGCAGAAAUUCAGGUGAUCUUCCUUCCUCCAAAUGUGACAAGCUUUCUUCAGCCUAUGGUUCAAGGAAUCAUCAAUGCUUUUAAGGUUAUCUAUAAAUCGAAUUUUCUGCGCCGUGUUCUGUUAGAAACUGACAGCGAUCGCCCAGGUACAGAAGUUAUCAAAUCAUUUAGCCUUUAUGAUGCUAUUCAACUAGCGACUGAUGCGUGGGCCACUGUAACUCCAGAAACGAUUGCUAACUGUUGGCGCAAUCUCUUAAGUCAAGAUCAAAACUAUAACUCGUUCAAGGAUUUCACAAUUUCUUCACCAACAAGUGACCCCCGCGUGUUGCUUUCUAAAUUAGUGCAACUCGUUGAUCCAAACUACGAACUGACCGAAGAAGAAGUUCAAGAGUGGCUAAGCAACUCAGACAACAUAGAUGUAGCGCAAAUAUAUACCGACGAGCAAUUGGCCAAGCCUCUGGUGGUGACUUUUUCGAGGCCGACCAUGAAGAGCAAGAUUGCGAUGCUAACGAAAGUGCUGAGGGUGAUCUUAGUACUUCGGUUAUAUGUACUCUUGGAGCAGUCAAUCCGAAAAACGCAAUGAUUAUAAGUAGGCUAUCAGCA